CAGUAGUAGAGAGCGUGCUUAGAGCAGCUUCCUGCACUUUGGCCAAAAAUGCUGAGUUAAACUGCUUAUAUUCGUCGAGUCUUCGCGUAAAGCGCAGAGCAGUGCGCAGAGUUGUCAACUGCUUGUCGCUGCUUCAGAGGAUUAACCGUUGCCAAAGGUGGCUAAGCUAUCUUAAUAGUAAUAAUAAUAAUAAUACUGUCAAUUUGAACUUGAAGGCUCGAGCUGCCAACCCCUGGACACAUUUUUGUACUCUGGAAACUGUCACAGAAAUGCAAGUGAAGGACAGCUACGUGUCUGCUCCAGGGAAGGCGAUCCUCCACGGAGAGCAUGCAGUUGUACACGGAAAGGUGGCUCUUGCUGUGAGUUUGAACCUGAGAACAUAUUUACGGUUGAAAGCCACCAACACUGGCAAAGUUUGCAUCAACCUCCCAAAUAUCGACACGUUCCUCUGCUGGGACCUGUUUGAACUGAAGCAGCUUGUUCCUUAUUUGAGUGGUAAGAGGGAGGAGGUGAAACGUCUGGAUGCUGAACUCGUGAGGAGACUGCGUGAAUUUGUUGCUAUACCUAAUGGAAACUUGGAUACUUGCAACAUGGCCACCUUAUCCUUCCUCUACAUGUACCUGUCACUGUUUGGAUCAGGUGAGCUGCCCAGCUUGACGGUGUCUGUGUGGUCGGAGCUGCCAACUGGAGCAGGACUGGGGUCGAGUGCUGCCUACUCUGUGUGUUUAGCUUCAGCUCUGCUCUGUGCAAGUGGAGCCAUUCCCGCUCCUCUAAAAGAGUGGGAACACACUGCAAGAUGGUGUCAGGAGGACCUGGAGCUGAUCAACAGCUGGGCUUUCCAAGGGGAAAUGAUCAUCCAUGGUAAUCCUUCAGGAGUAGACAACGCUGUUGGAACGUGGGGUGGCAUGCUGAGAUUCUUGGCCGGGAAGAUAAUACCACUGAGCAGGGUGCCGCUAUUAAGAAUCCUCCUCACUAACACCAAAGUACCACGUAGCACCAAGGUGCUUGUUGCCAGGGUGAAGGACAAGAUUAACAAGUUUCCCUCUAUCAUGACUCCAGUACUGGACUCAGUUGAUGCCAUUUCCUGCACUUGUGAGAAAGUCCUGUCAGAGAUGACCAGUGAGCCAAUCACAGGAGAGCACUACAAUAUCCUCGAGGAGCUCAUUGACAUUAACCAGCACCACCUGAACGUGAUGGGGGUGGGACACCCUGCCCUGGACACACUGUGCCAGGUCACGUUGGCCAAAGGGCUCCACAGCAAGCUAACCGGUGCAGGAGGAGGAGGCUGUGGCAUCACCCUUCUGAGACCAGAAACCGACUCCUCCGUCGUCCAGGCUACAGCGCAGGACCUGAAAGACUGCGGCUUUGACUGCUGGGAAACAAGCAUUGGCGGACCAGGUGUCCAGCAGCACUCUCCUCUCUCGGUUAAAGAGGACGUUCUGGAGAUUUUAAACCGUUACUGAGAUGCACGCGUGGCUGUGGCUGCGCCAGAGGACAGACGGUGUCUUUUUGUUGUUUUGAUGUCACAACCAAUGAAGUGAGUGGACCAAGGAGCUGGACAGACCUUCCUGAAGUGUUGAUUGUAGAUUUAAUUGACAGACAAUCUAAUUGUUUUGAAACUAACAGCAAGCGUUUCUAACAAAUAACUGGGAAAAUGAAGAGGAUUUAAUUCUUUUGGUGAAGCAUCCGAUGGAAUGUUUGCUUGUCGAACAUACUCAAUGGUACAAUUAUAUGUACUGAGCUCUCUGUCCACUAGAUGGCAUCAGAGUUGCACUAAUGCUUUCGGUGGAACAGGCUCGCAAGGACGGGAAGAGGCUCUGAUAAAUUGCUUGUGUGAGUGAAGCAGUGGCAGAAUUAAUUCAUAGUUUCAUCCAAAUGUUUAAAGCAGGAGGGCCGACCUAUCUUAAUGGAUUAAAUGAUCGUCAGUAUUUGCUCACUUCUGGCAUUGUAACGUUCAAUAUUGGUGGGUAACUGCUAGAAUGAAUGUGGUAAUUUACGCAAUUAAUUGUACAGAAAAUGAUACUGGAAGGAAAGUUUGAUAAAUGCUUUUUUUUUUUUGUCUCUUUAACGAAACCCAAUUUUCACACAUGUUCAAAGAGGUUUCUGAAAGUGACUUAGCUUGAAUUUUUCUCUGAAUCCAGAACAAUGUUGGCGAGAAUAUGUGUGAAUGAGCUGAGGCCAGGAAGUAAUACCGCCAUAAAUAUACUCUGAGGACUAUUUGCAUAAAACUUCGCUCUCAUAAUGACUAUCCCACAGACAGAUGUAUGCCGCUUUGAUGCUGCAGCACUUUUUUAUUUUGCUCUGCUUUUAACAUAAAAGCGUUUAAAUGCAAUACGAAGCUGGAACCAAAUGAUUUUAUUCAUUUGAAACAUGUCAAAAACAAUAUGAAAUAUCUGUUACGUGUCCUCAGCUGAAGACAUACUGGCCGUGUUGUUUUGCUGGAGUAGAGGACGGGGAGGGGGGGGGACAGCAGGAGUGUGUGGCCUCUCAGGAGCCUCUGGAUUAGCGCCACUAUAACGUGAAUCAACAACAACCAGCAUCCUUCUGUGAGUCACACAUUCGCGCUGACACAUAUGCACACACACACCAGCUUUCCCAAAUUCUUCCCCACCUAAUUGCUCAUCCCGCUAAGCAUUACAAAAUAUUCCGCACAUGCCGCAGCUACAGAAGACGGAUCUGUUCAGAAUAUCCCUGAUUUGGGGAAAAGGUCAUUGUGGGAUUCAGUUGAGUCUGUAUAUCCAUUUCAUUCUCUAUUUUUUAAAUGUCAUGAAGAUUGAGUAGUACGAAUCUGGCAGU